AAUGAGACUGGUCUUGAAGUAACAAUGCUUUCAUCCGGUGUUUCGCUCAUCUAUUCUUUCUUCAUGGAUGCUAAAAAACGCGCUCAUCGCAUGCCUAUGGACAUAAAGUCUGUAGUAGAAGACGUAUCGAAGCGAGAAGUGCCAAAACAUCAGCGAUCACUAGUAUUGGAAGUGAUGGCCACGGAUCCGAACACCGAUGAAGACGUUGAAGUUCCAUACAUUCGAUACGUGCUGUAG